GAGAGAGAGGAGGAGAGCGCAACAUUCUCCGUCAUUUCGCACUUUAUUAGGGAGUCAGUGGAAUGUUAUCUCUCAAAUCAUCAGAGGCACGGGGACAAGCACGCGUGGAUGUGGAUGAAAAGAACGAUGGCUGGAGCAAUUGUGUACUAAUCCACGGGGAAAUAGAUAGCCUGUGCAACUGACGACACUUUCUCAUCAAAACGAUCUUAUCCGAGAGCGCGUGUCCAUUGUUAUCCAAGCAAGGGUCAGAGGGCAGCAUCGUCAGUCGGUCCCGUUAGUUUCAUCAUCAUUUUUUAAGAUUGCUCAUGGAAAUUUCAUCAUACAACAACACAAAUUUACGUUUCCGAUCUGUGUUAUAAGUGCUUUUAGUGGAGAGGAAAAUAUUACGGAGAAAUGCCUUGCUGAUGCCGAACUGUACAGAAAAUAAUAUUUGAUAAGGGAGCAUGGACAGAUAAAAAUAUUUAACUGAAAACAGACUUAACGAAAUCUAUUUUUUUGGAGGAAUAAUACAUUUCUGGUCGUUUUCUUCAGUCAUAGCCUGUAUUUUUCGAGUUACCAAUCAGUGCACUUCUAAAGACCUGAAAAUGAUGCUGAGUCCCGAUCAGACGGAUUCGGAUCUCACCUGGACACAGUCGGACUCGGACUGUAUGAACGUCAUGAAGGUGGAGUGUCACGAGCCCUUGGAGGCCGGCGACGGCAAAACACGCACACUCGUGCCCGCCGCGCUCACCAGGGAAGAGAAGAGACGGAGGCGGCGCGCCACCGCGAAAUACCGCUCUGCUCAUGCCACGCGAGAGCGAAUCCGCGUGGAGGCGUUCAACGUUGCGUUUGCUGAGCUUAGAAAGCUGCUACCGACACUCCCACCCGACAAGAAGCUGUCAAAGAUAGAGAUCCUUCGGCUGGCUAUCUGUUACAUAUCUUACCUUAACCACGUUUUGGACGUUUAAAAGAACUUUGGGCAUCUUUUCAGUACCCUAAAGCAAAAUCCUACAGGUGUAUUUAAAGAAGACUUUUACUGAUAUGGAGUAGCCUAAUACAACAGGAUACAAAAUAUUAAGAAUAGCUAUAGAUAACACUUUAUAAUUACUUUUAUUACUGGACGUUAGAAAAACAUAUACAUUCAUGCAUUUGGUAGACGUUUUUAUUCAAAGCGACUUGCAAUGCAUUCAAGCUAUAUACGUUUUAUCAGUAUGCGUGUUCCCUGGCAUUUAAACCAAUACUUUUUGCGCUGCUAAAGCAAAGCUCUGCCAAUUGAACUACGUGAUCACUUUCACAGUUAGGAUGUACAUUAACUAAUAAUCUUCUAAGCAGUUAAUAUAGUGAUGCUUGUCAAUGUUAUUAAUAAAAGUCAUUAGAAAGUGUUAUCUACCAUUCUGUAAGUGUUGCAGUACAGUAAAGCUUGUUGUUUUUGACACUGUAGCAAUAUAGUUUCGGAUAGCUGUUCAAAGGUUAUCAGUUAUCAUGUAGCUCUAUUAUACGUACAUUCGUGGCAAUAAGUUGUGAAAAAAUUGACUUGGGCCAACCCAACUGACCAAGACAAUUAAAUCCGAUUUACUUAUCCUAAUACGACACAAGUAACAGCUAACCUAAUGGAUAUAAAUCAACACAUCUUUGUCAACCAUUUAAAAAAUGUAAUGUAUAUUUCUAUGUGCUGGAACAAAUCGUGAACUUAUUACUUUUUUAUUUAUAUGUUAUUUGUUUAUUAUUUUAUUUAUCAGUAAAUUAAGUUAUGUGAGUGUCCUUAAAGUAACCUAAGGUGUUUACAUAUAGGCCUACAUGUAAAUAUUUAAUGUUUUGCGAUUCAUGUUUUAGACUGGUGUCGCAGAGUUGAGGAUUGCUGUUGCUUUUCACUUGCACUUUUCAUUGGCAGUUUUUUAGGAGUAGGAGGGCCUUCGCUGUGUAUGCACUAUGGUUAUAAUAAUGAUGUUGCUGUAAAUGUCCUGUCCUAUGAUAACGAGAAGCACUUCCCAUUGGAUAGGACUUAUUGCUGUAUUUUUUUUUUCGUUUACAAAGUGCUCAUUGAAAGCAUCUUGGGUACCUCAGGACUUGUGGCGGCUUGAAUUUCCAUCCAUUUUUGCGUCUGAUUAUAUAGGCUGUAAUUAUCUGUAAAAUGAAAGUCAAAAUAAUAAUUGAAAAAAAAAUCGAAAAUUAAAGUUGCUUGCCUCCCAAGUCUAUAAGCUACCCAGACGCUCUCUAUGCUGCAACCAAAAAUGAUAUUUUUUCUUUCGCUAACUAUUUUAUAAUGAUUAUUUGUUUACGUGUUUAUUGUGAACCUUUUUGGAAAUUUUAUAGUGAACAAAUUAGCCUAUUUCACAUCUGCCUCAUAUCCAAAGAUGACCCUGUUAAUUCAGGGGUUUGUCCGUCAUUUUGUAGUGAAAUAGCCGGUGCGCUGGUUUUUACCAACGCAGUUUUCAUAACUAUUUUAGAAUAAAUGGUAAAAACAAAAAUAUAUUCGACGUUGAUUUGUCUGUUGUAGUUUUUGGAUAAAAAAAAAUAUGGAAUAAA